GACAUCCAAGAGAAGAUUAACUUUGAAAUCCGCAUGCGAGAAGGCAUCUAUAAACUACUUGCAGUGAGCACACAAAAAGACCAACUCUUGCAGGCAGUUAAAAACCUGAUGGUUUGCAAUGCUCGCAUACUUGCAUACAGAACAGAGCUACAGAACCAAAAAGAGGAGCUGAUCUUGUGCAGAACCGAAGAACAGUCUUCAGAAAAUGGGACAAAAGACUGGGUGGCAUGCAGAGCAAAGGUUGCUAUAUCAGAUAUUCGAAUACCAUUAAUGUGGAAAGGCUCUGAUCACUUCAGCAAUAAAGAAAAAUCCCAGUGCUAUGCAGUUUUUUGUUUGCUCAGAAUGGGAGCUGAGGUUUUUGAUACGGAGGUGGCUAUUGUGGAUAAAGCAAUAACAGAUAUCUGCUUUGAAAAUGUAACCAUAUUUGAGGACGCAAGACCAGAUUUCCAGGUGAAGGUUGAAGUGUAUAGUUGCUGUACAGAGGAGUCUUUAUGUGUAACAAACACUCCUAAGAAACUAGCAAAGAAGCUUAAAACAUCCCUGAGCAAAGCUACAGUCAAGAAACUCAAAGCUGUGCUGGAAGAAGACAGCACUGAAUCCCUUUUGCCUGUUGACCUGCCCAUCCAUGGAGCAAGGUACAGUUUGCUAGCAUAUACCACUUUGGGACUAGAGAGUGCUGAGGACAAUUUCAGGACCCACAACCUUACUAUUCGAGGAAAUGAGGAAUCCUCUUUUUGGCUCCCCCUGUAUGGAAACAUGUGUUGCCGUUUAGUUGCUCAGCCUGCCUGCAUGACUAGGGAUAUGAUGGCAGGAUUUCUUAAUCAGCAGCAAAUGAUAGGAAGUCUAACUAGCUGGAGGAGGCUGUAUUGUGUACUAAGAGGUGGAAAGCUCUUUUGUUAUUACUCACCAGAAGAAACUGAGGCUAAACUGGAGCCAGCAUUGACAGUUUCCAUCAACAAGGAAACCAGAAUUCGAGCCGUGGGUAAGGACUCCAAGAGAAGAACUAAUAACUUCUCUGUUAUCAACCCCGUGUCUGGAGAGGCUGUGAUGCAAUGUUUUGCUACUGACAGUAGGGACGAACUUCAUAAGUGGAUGGAGGCUUUCUGGCAGCACUUCUAUGAUCUGAGCCAGUGGAAACAUUGUUGUGAAGAACUUAUGAAAAUUGAGAUUAUGUCACCACGGAAACCACCUUUGUUCUUGACAAAAGAAGCAACCUCCGUCUACCAUGAUAUGAACAUUGAUUCUCCAGUGAAACAUGAGGGCUUAGCUGAUAUCAUACAAAGGAAAAUCGAAGAGAGUGAUGGUGAGUACCUGCUUGGCCAGCAAAAAGAGUCUGCAUCUUCCCUCUUGGCUUCGCUCUUUGAUGGAUCUCGUGAGAUGGUUGUUCAGAAGAACAUACAUCUGGGCCCCAAAAAAGAUACUACAAGUCCUAACAACAGCAGGGGAAAGAAAAGAAGAGCUCCACCUCCACCCUCCGAUAAGUCACCAUACAGUGCAAAGGCAGAGGUGAACACAGAGCAGCUGGGCAAGGAGAACUGGGAGAAGUCUGACUGUGCAUCUGCCAGUGGUUCUGCCUUUGACUCAGAGGUCCCUGUGAAAACACACCCGAUGCAGGCGCCCGUUGCUGCUCCUCGCAGAAUGGGUCCCUGCAGAAAAAGCAGCUCAGGUGGCCAUGGGAACCCCAGUUCACUGGCUAACAGGGCUGAGCCUGAAAGCAAACCAGUACCACUCCCCAGGCAGACAUGCAGCAUAGGAAUGCUGGACCCUAGAGCGUGGCCGCAGCCAUAG